CGCUUUAUUCCGUUUGACUUGACGGUUUUUUUUUAGGUCUAAGGAGCAAUGCUACUCUUUGUUAAGUAAAGUCGUGAGAAAUCUUCCUCUAAAACGAGAUUUGCUUAAUUAAAUGGUAAUUAUCAAAAAGUCUAGUGACAUCUGUUCAUCCGAGUUAAAGUUUCUGGUUACACUUCGCUUGCUAGACUACUUAAUUCGUAGUUAGCUACCGCUAGCUGCUGCUCGGGAGGAUGUCGCUUCACGGCAAAAGAAAAGAAAUCUACAAAUACGAGGCGCCAUGGACGGUGUAUGCCAUGAACUGGAGCGUCCGACCAGACAAACGUUUUCGCCUGGCACUUGGGAGCUUCGUAGAGGAAUAUAAUAACAAGGUUCAGCUGGUGGGUCUGGAAGAGGAGAGCUCAGAGUUUGUGUGCAGGAACACAUUUGACCACCCAUACCCCACCACCAAGAUCAUGUGGAUCCCAGACACCAAGGGAGUUUACCCGGACCUGCUGGCCACCAGUGGGGACUACCUGCGCAUCUGGAGGGUCAGUGACACAGAAACACGUCUUGAAUGUUUGCUGAAUAACAACAAAAACUCCGACUUCUGCGCUCCUCUCACCUCCUUCGACUGGAAUGAAGUUGAUCCCAAUCUGCUGGGCACUUCCAGUAUCGACACCACAUGCACUAUCUGGGGUUUGGAGACUGGUCAGGUGUUGGGACGAGUUAAUCUGGUGUCUGGACAUGUGAAGACUCAGCUGAUUGCUCAUGACAAAGAGGUGUAUGAUAUCGCAUUUAGCCGUGCAGGAGGUGGCAGAGAUAUGUUCGCCUCUGUGGGAGCCGAUGGAUCCGUCCGCAUGUUUGACCUCCGGCACCUGGAACACAGCACCAUCAUUUAUGAAGACCCUCAGCACCACCCACUCCUGCGCCUCUGCUGGAACAAACAGGACCCCAACUACCUGGCUACGAUGGCCAUGGACGGCAUGGAGGUGGUCAUACUGGAUGUUCGCGUUCCAUGCACUCCUGUGGCUCGUCUCAACAACCAUCGCGCCUGUGUUAACGGCAUCGCCUGGGCUCCUCACUCCUCAUGUCACAUCUGCACUGCAGCUGAUGACCACCAGGCCCUGAUCUGGGACAUCCAGCAGAUGCCAAGGGCCAUCGAAGACCCCAUCCUGGCCUACACGGCUGAAGGUGAGAUAAACAACGUGCAGUGGGCCUCCACGCAGCCAGACUGGAUCGCCAUCUGCUACAACAACUGCCUGGAGAUCCUGCGCGUGUAAAGCUUCACGGAGGCGGAGCGACGUUUUACAUUUGGACUUUUUUUCCAGUCCUCUCCCCUCUGCUUUCAAGACGAGGGUGUGGUCACGUGUGAACUUUCAGAACGUGUUUGGAGUAUCACAUAUCUACUCCAUACUCAAUAGCCUGGUUUACAUUUCUUUCCUUUCAUGACUUUACUCCGCUGGUCUUCUAUUAAACGUGUUUAAACGCUUAUUUAUUUUGCUCAUACGGUAGUGUUCAGCAGCUAUGAGAAGUGUCUGUCAAUGAAACUCAGAUUUUUAUACUUGGUGUGGUUUGAGAUUUUCAUGAAGGAUUUAGGUGUUGUGCAUUUCAUCUGUUUCAUUUUGUCAAUACAAACUACUGUAGGUGGCAGAAGACAACCUCUCUAAAACGUAGGAGUAUGUUGUAGCCUUCUUGUGGAUGCAUACCAAUAUAUUCUAGUCUUGUUUACCCUUGUGGCAAUUUAAGCUUGUCAGAGGGGUGUGUGCCCACUAUCCUCUCCAGGUGAUUGCAUCCAGGUUGGACUUUUCUGACCUAUGCAACUUUUAAAAACUGUAAAAUAACCUGAGAGGGGUUCAUGUGGCCACCGCAGGUGUGCGUCCAUUUGGCUGGUGAUGCUGUAAGGCAGCCAUGUACAGAAACCCUCAGAACCUACCGGAGCAAUGUCGUCCAGCCUUUUUGCUCCCUAAAUCUUUUCUUUUUAUUUGUAGAAGAUUGUGCUUGGACAGGCUGCGUUUUUCUUUUGUUAGAGUGAAAUGGGAGGAAACAACUUUCUGAGUGUGUCUUUGUCUGCCUCUCUUUUUUGUUGUUUUCAGUAAUUAAAGGGUCACGUCCUUGUAGCAUGCCAUUACAAGGCAACAUGUAUAUACAUAUAAAUAUAUGAACUAAGAUGUUGGUAAGCCAAGUGUUCAUGUUGUAGCUUUUUUCAUAAAGUUUAUUAUUGAAUUUGCUCUAAUAAAUUGUAUUCCUCCAUGUCUUAGAAACUA